CAUCUUAUCAUUGAUUCCUCAAACACCUGAAAUCGACGCUCAAGUUUAGUCUUGAAAAAAAACGUUAAUAAUUGACAUCGUAUCAUGGCAUUUGCUUGUUCGACUAAAGCGAAACGUUGGUGGGCUUUCAGCACCGCCGGGAUAGUUUGUAUUGUAGCCAUAAUUCUUGGUGUGGUAUGGCCCAUAGCAGUUCGCAAAGAAAUAGAGAAAGAAUUUCUCCUAAAACCAGGCACUCGAAUAUAUGACAAUUGGAAAAAUCCGCCUGUCAACAUAUACCUUGAGAUUUAUCUCUGGAACUGGACCAACACGAAUGACUAUCGAGAUGCAGGGUAUAAACCGCAAUUGCAACAAUUAGGCCCGUAUACGUUUCGAGAGAUACAUGAACGAGAUGAUCUGCUGUGGAACGAUGAUUUUACAUUGACUUUCUAUCAGCGACGCAUUUGGCACUACGAACCUGAACUGUCUGCUGGGGAUUUGGAAAAUGAUAUAGUUGUUUCAGUUAAUCCUGUAUUGUUGACAGUUGGCUACGCUACGAAAGAUAAUCCUUUACAACCUUUUUUGGAUGGACUUAUCAACGCGAGUUUCGAAAUAAUAAACUCUCCUUUCUACGUGGUGCGCGCAAAGGAUAUUUUAUUCGAUGGAUAUGACGAUAUGUUUUUAAAAGCGUUACUCAAUCUUGCCGAACAAUAUCCGCAACUCGUUGAAGGCAUCACUCUGCCACCAUAUGACAAAUUUGGUUGGUUCUAUGGCCGUAAUGAUAGCAAAAUCUACGAUGGAAAAUUCACCAUUGGAACGGGAUUGGACAGAUGGGAAACUAUGGGAAUGAUGCAUCGUUGGAACGGAGUUAGGCAAACAGAGUUUUACCGCGGCGAAUGUGGUUUAGUUCAUGGAUCCACAGGGGAACUUUGGCCUCCUUUUCAGGACAUGCGAUCUAAUGUCAGUGUUUUUUCACCGGAUAUAUGUAGUGCAAUGUCCCUUGAAUUCGAUGGUGAAAUUAGUGUACAUGAUGUGAACGGUUAUAAGUGGAAAGGUAAUGAGAGGCCGUUUGAUAAUGGCCACCGAUAUAGCGAAACCAAGUGUCAAUGCACUGCACCAGAGGAGAACUGCCCUGUGUUGGCACCAGGUGUUUUGGAUGUGUCGCGCUGCAAGUGGGGUGCCCCAGCAACUGUUUCCUACCCGCACUUUUACCUAGCCGAUGAGAAGUAUUUGGAUGCAAUCGAUGGAAUGCAACCUAACAAGUCACAGCAUGAGUUUAUACUUGCACUGGAACCACACACUGGAGUAGCACUUCAAGUGAAAGCUCAGUUACAAGUCAAUCUAGCAAUUGAACAUUACGGAUUGACAAUGCUCAAAGAUUUACCCGAAGUGAUGCUGCCGAUUUUGUGGUUUUGUCAAAGAGCUGAUAUUUCGGAGGAUCUUGCAAGUGAUUUGAAGCUGCUUCUUAUUCUGCCGGAUAUCGGAAUGUACAUUGCUAUCGGCCUUGGCAUCAUUGGUUUGAUCAGUUUCACAGCUGCGUUGUAUUGUUCGCUUAAGGUUUGGAAAACAUCGAAGCAAGAGCCUGAGUGCACACGAGAUAAGACAACCGAAACGAUUGAGUAGAAAUGAUGUUUUUAUAAAAAUAAAUCUGUUUGUACAU